GAAAUGGACAAUUUUCUGUGUGAAGUGCUGAUAUAAUCUGCAGGCGCGAUGAGAUUGGAGAAAUGUUGGUUUUGUUCUUCAACUGUGUAUCCUGGACAUGGAAUCCAAUUUGUUCGUAAUGUUGCAAAGAUAUUUCGGUUUUGUAGAUCGAAAUGCCACAAGAACUUCGAAAUGAAGAGGAAUCCUCGUAAAGUAAAAUGGACCAAGGCAUAUAGGCGAGUGCAUGUAAAGGCUAUGACCCAGGAUUCCACCUUUGAGUGUGAGAGAAAGCGAAACAGGCCUGAGAGAUAUGACAGGAUUCUUAAUGAGAAUGUACUCAAGGCGAUUCCGAUGAUUGUUAAAAUCAGAGACACAAGGGAAGGGAGACUCCAUAAGAAGAGGAUGGAAGGCAACAAGAAGAAAGUGCAGAGGGAGGCAAAGGAGGAGUUGGAGCAGAGCAUCCAUAUGGUCAAAGCUCCUUCCGCAGUACAACCCGAGAAGAUCCAAGUCAAGGUUUCCCAACAACAACAAGAGAAUCCUCUCAUGGAAGAGUAAUUCUAUCAACAUUGAGUUUUUAUUUGUUCGUUUCCAGUUUAAUAUUUGCGACUAUACUAUUAGUUUCCUGCGUAAGGCCCAAGUUACCGGCUGCCUUGUGAUUAUUAAUUUGAGUUGAAUGUUGUGGUUUUCGAACAGAAUUUUGGGUAAAUGUUUGGUGUGUCUCCUAGACAAUGGUUCUGUUUUGUGAGAUAGUGAACUGUUCUAAAGAAAUUUCGAAAGAUGUUGCUUAAAUUCAUGGA